AUGGAUUCUCAGCCACUCAUGGGUUGGAACUCUUACUUCGAAAUUGAUGAAAAACCAUUUCCAUUUACGUGCCAAUUUUCUUACAGUGGAAAGGGUGAAGUGUAUCCUGCACUGGAUUGGGCACAUGAUUUUCCCAUACAAGACUAUUAUUUUGAUGCAGUUCCUCUUAUGGACUAUUACCCUUCAGAUCCUUUAUAUGAAACUCUCUCCAUUGAACCAACACCAACCAUCUUGGCUAUUGCAGACUAUGAUUUUUAUGAUAUUAAAAAGGGGUUUUCUGUCUGGAAUGAAGUUGAUGCUGUGUUAGAUUCAGAAAAAGUUUUUUUAUUUUGCAACAAUGAAGAAAGUGGGAGUGGGAAGGAAAUGAUGGAAGAUGGAAAAGUUAACAGAGAGAGAGAAGAGAGAAUUGGCAGUAGCAGUACCAGAUUGUUGUCAAGGAAGAUAUUAUCUCAGUACUUCUACAUGCCCAUUACACAAGCAGCCAGAGAACUUAACGUGGGCCUAACACUUCUGAAAAAAAGGUGUAGGGUAUUGGGAAUCAGAAGAUGGCCCCACAGGAAGCUAAUGAGCCUACAAACCCUGAUAAAUAAUAUACAGGAGCUAGGAAAAGAGGAAGGAAAGGAGAGUGAAGAGAAGUUAAGAAGUGCGAUUGAGAUAUUGGAGAGGGAAAAGAAGCUUUUGGAGGAAAUGCCAGAUAUUGAACUUGAAGAUAAUACAAAGAGGCUUAGACAAGCCUGUUUCAAGGCUAAUUACAAAAAGAGGAGGCUCGAAGGGCGCAGGGAAACACAGUCUUCUUCGUUCAGUGGCCAUGCUAGAACUAUUGACACAACAGGAGAAUAUAGUUAUGAAAAUGAAGAAGAACGAGACAUCAAAUAUCCGUUGUCCUCAGUUAACGUAAUGAUCUAA